AUGAGUUAUUACUCUCGGGUUGUACUUCUGGAUGUAAAAGCUAAAAUUAAGCCAAACGUUGGAAUCUCCUUACUGCCAGCUCAGCCGACCUCACAACCUCCUAUAGUCACUAGUGAGACAAUUAUCAGCAAUAAAACCAUCACCACCACUAGCAUUCCUCAAAAGCCCCCUCCUUCCUCUCCUGUUUCCAUUUCUUCCACUCCAGUCUCAUCAACAGCAGUUGCUCUUCCACCACCUCCUCCCCCUCCCCCGGUGCUACCAAUCGGUGCGACGAACUUGAAGCCCACUUUGGCUCCGGCUCUUCUUCCUUCCUCAACAUCACUUCCCCUUCUGGCCAAAUCCAAAAUUUAUGGCUCUGCUGAGGAGGGAAAUACUUCAAUUAUCUCCGUCCAGAAUGCGGUUUUGCCUGCUUCCACCACUACUACUACUACUUCUGUGAGUAUGAGAAGAAGGCAUCAGUGCCCCUAUUGCACUAAGAGUUGUGAACGGAAGGAUAAUCUCCAGGCGCAUAUUAGAACACAUACUGGUGAGCGGCCAUUCCCUUGUCGAUUUUGUCCAAAAGCCUUUCCACAGAAGGACCACCUUCGCGCCCAUAUCCGGACUCACACUGGAGAGAAACCCUACCGGUGCCCUCAGUGUGCCAAGGCGUUUGCUCAAUUGGGUAAUCUCCAUCGUCAUGUCAAGACACAUCGUCAGUAG